AUGGCGACCCCUCCCAAGUUCAAGAUCCUCAUCGUGAACCCCAACAGCUCCAAAGCGAUGACGGAGGGGAUGAUCUCGGCCAUCUCCAACACGACACUUAGCGAGAAUUUAGAAAUUUCUGCGUAUACCGCCCCAAGCAUUGCUCCCGCCAGUAUCGACGACGACGCGGGGAUACGAGACAGCACCCAAGCCGUGCUGAUAGACAUUAUGGCCGGGAAAUUUCACUUAACAAGCUACGACUCCAUUCUUGUUGCAUGCUUCAGCGUCCACAUUCUCGUCGAAAAACUUUCCGCUCUCACCAGGGCUCCCGUUACUGGCAUUUUCGAGGCUAGCAUACUUACAUCGCUCUCCCUCACUACAUCAGCCGAGUCCUGGGGCAUCGUCACUACAGGGGCGUUCUGGGAGAGGCAUCUGGGCGACGGCGUCAACGCAUUCUUGGGGCAGACGGUCGGACAGACAAAUGCCAGAUUUGCGGGGACUUUCUCCAGCGGAUUGACAGCAGGCGACUUUCACACUGUGUCGCCAGAACAAGUCCAGGCCAAGCUAAAGGACGCCACAGUCCGGCUUUUACAAGCUUCCAAAGUUCGCUGUGUUGUCAUGGGAUGUGGUGGAAUGGCCGGUCUGGAGAGCAUCAUCCGAGGCGCUGCUGUCGAAGUGUAUGGGAAGCAGCGAGGCGAGUCUGUCUACAUAGUUGACGGUGUCCGGGCGGGUGUGCUGCAGUUGCACCAAACGAUGCUCAGCAGACGCGAGUUUGCAUAA